AUGUCCGAGCAAAUAAUGGGCAAUCUCUCGACGCAUAGAAUUGCGACUGCGAAACCAUUCAGUUUUACUGGCGUAGACUUUUGUGGUCUUAUAUUUGUCCACGAAGGAAGACACAAGAAUAGCAAACAUAUUAAGGCCGACAUUGCAGUAUUAGUAUGGCCACAAAAGCUGUGCAUUUGGAGGUCGUACCUGAGCAUGGACGCUUUUCUCAACGCUUUUAAGCGUUUCAUUAGUCGCAGAGGAAAGCCAAGUGACGUAUUCUCGGAUAACGGUACUUUGUCGGUAUCAAUCGGGAUCUGGAAGACCUCAGAAAGUUAUUCGCACAAGAAGAUCAGCAAGAUUAUUGACACAACUUCAAGUGAAAGAAUGAAAUGGCAUUUUAUUCCUCUCCGAGCAUCACAUUUCGGUGGUUUGUGGGAAGCUAUAGUCAAAUCCUUCAAAGGUCAUUUUUACAAGGUAGCUUCAGAAGCCGCGCUAACGUUCGAGGAAGUCUCCACGCUCGUCAUACAAAUAGAAGCGAUUCUCAAUUCGAGACCUUUGAGCGCUCUCUCAUCGGAUCCUAAUAAUUUAAAUUAUCUGUCCCUAGGUCAUUUUCUUAUAGACAACUCGUUAAUCUCUUACUCAGAGCCAGACAUAACUCAGUAUUUUUGGAAACGCUGGUCGCUCAAAUAUCUGUCGCAAUUGCAACGACGUGCCAAAUGGUAUACUAACCGUGGCGAGCAACUCAAGGUCGGUCAACUGGUGCUAUGUAGAGAAAAUGGAUUGCCACCAUUGAGCUGGAUGCUGGGCAGAGUACAGGAAGUCUGUCCCGGCGACGAUAAUAUCAUCCGAAGAGUUGUUAUAAAAACUGCUAGAGGAAUUUUUAAAAGGCCAGCAGUAAAAUUGAGCGUAUUUCUCAUUGAGUCUUCUACAAAUCUUAAAGAAGCUUAA